AUGGGAGGGGACAUGAUUUGGGCCCCAGGUGGCCAGAUCCAAGAUGAGGUACGGAGUCGUGGCAUUGAUGGGGAUAUCAGGCCGCACUAUGGAAUGGCACCUUACACGGGAGAGGUACUCUACCUUUUCGAGGUUAGCAGUGGAAAGUUCUUCUUCUACAACGCUAUUGAUGGAUCCAUGCUGCAGGUCAAUGAUCCGAGUGAUUUGAAGAGCAUCGUGGAUAUCCUUGAUGAUGAGAACAAGGGUUUACCAGCCCUUAAUAUUGAGGAAGUUUAG